CGCCUGUCCAACUCUUCUCUCCUGUCUUCUCUCAGUGACGCUUUGGCCUCGGUACUGCGCAGAAAAGUCUGGCAGGAAUGGAGGUCUCGGCGCAGUUGCAACCACUCGGCCAGUUUUAGAACUUCCGUCGGCACCUCUUCUCCUUUCAUUCCUUUGAAGGCCUUAUAUGGUCGCUUUUGACACCAGCACCACGUUCGGUAUGAGACUCUUUGGCCGAUGCGACCGACCUCGGGACUAGGAUGUCGCAGGAGGUCGGUAUCGACGCAGAUGGCGGCGAUUUCUCAUCGCUGACCUCGAAAGACCCGAUCCAGAAAUAUGUCAUCUCCGCCUUUGCGGCCAUUACCUUCUACAAUUCGAUAGAGCUCGUGGUGCUUUGUUUCACGACUUUCAACAGAUAUCAUGGGUGUUAUUUCUGGAGUUUACUCGUCACCUCGGCCAGCCUCAUCCCUCACUGCGUGGGAUACCUGCUCUUUAUCUUCUCGUCCAUUUCUCCUUAUGUGCCAGUGUCUUUGAUUAUACCUACCUGGAUUAGCAUAGUUACUGGCCACUCCCUCGUCCUUUGGUCGCGAUUGCACCUCCUCGUACAUUCGCAGAAGUUGCUGCAGGGCCUCUUGUACAUGAUUAUCAUCGACUGCAUCGUCCUCCAAAUCCCAACAACAGUCCUGUUGUAUGGAUCACUAUCAGGUACUCCCCACUUCGCCAGGGGUUACGACAUCAUGGAGCGGAUUCAGCUUGUCAUCUUUUGCGUCCAAGAGUUUAUCUUAUCCGGUAUAUAUGUGUGGGAAACCAUCAAGAUGCUGCGCCUUCGUCCCGAGAGGCCACGGUUCAUUAUCCUCACUCAAUUGCUUGUUAUCAAUGUGAUCAUCCUCAUUCUGGACGUGGCAGUCGUCGCCAUAGAGUACGCCGGAUAUUAUGCGCUGCAGGUCAUGUUCAAACCUGUCGCGUAUAGCGUCAAGCUGAAGUUGGAAUAUGCUAUUCUGGGCCGGCUGGUCCAGAUUGCUCAAGGAGCCAGUUCCGAUCCGGAUCCAUUAUCCCCAGGCUCUCGCGGAUUCAAUAUCACGGCAUCCGGGUUUGACGAUUCAGGCAGUAAUAAUGGAGGUGUCACAGUCGUCCGACAGGUAAACUCGGGACCGUUGGUCAGGCGAUGGUCUGGACAGACACAUGACAGCGUCGGUUAUUGUUAGGAAGGUCCCAGCUCGAUGUGUUGAUAAAAUCGCUGACUCGCUGGGACCAGUUCGAAAACACCCCUCGGAAGUCCACAAGCCGAUUUGUUGACUGGAAAUAGUCACAUGAGAUGGCCUAUGAAGGCUGGACUCACGGCAUCGACCAUCGCACCACUUACAAUGCCCGAGAAUUGCUUCAAUUCAAACACAGCCGCUUGACGCGAUGGUCCAACCCCGACCACGGACUUAUACGCGACCCAACUUUUUAUAAUGGUCAGGUGGAUGGUUCCCCACAAUGGUACUCGAGUGCCUCGCUUCCAGGCUUGUGAAGGGUCAGCGGGGUGUUAUAAAAGCAUAUACAGCAUACACAUAUUUGGACGAAAUGAGGUCACCCCCUCCAGAGGCCCA